UUCCGGUUCCGGUUUCAACUCCUGGGCUCCGCAGUACGCAGCCAUGGCGUACUCCACCGUGCAGAGAGUGGCGCUAGCCUCGGGGCUCGUCCUAGCCGUUUCGCUGCUGCUGCCCAAGGCCUUUUUGUCCCGCGGGAAGCGGCCGGAGCCGCCUCCGGGCCCCGAAGGAAAAUUGGGCCGAUUUCCACCUAUGAUGCAUCACCACUCGGCACCCUCAGAUGGUCAGAUGCCUCAUUUCCAGAGGUCUCACCUUGCAGAGGCCUUCGCAAAGGCCAAAGGAGCAGGUGGAGGUGCUGGAGGAGGGGGUAGCAGAAGAGGACUGAUGGGCCAGAUCAUUCCCAUCUAUGGCUUUGGAAUUUUUUUGUAUAUACUGUACAUUCUGUUUAAGCUUUCAAAGGGGAAAACUGCAGAGAAUCGGAGCUGCUCCACUGCCCAACCGGGGAACACCCACAGGAAGAUUACCAACUUUGAGCUUGUUCAACUGCAAGAAAAACUAAAAGAGACAGAAGAAGCCAUGGAAAAAUUAAUCAAUAGAGUGGGACCUAAUGGCGAGAGCAGAGUACAGACUGUGACAUCUGACCAAGAGAAACGAUUACUGCAUCAGCUCCGAGAAAUCACCAGGGUCAUGAAAGAAGGCAAGCUCAUUGACACAUCUACUCCAGAGAAGGAAGCCGAGGAAGCCCCUUACAUGGAGGACUGGGAAGGUUACCCUGAAGAGACUUAUCCAGUGUAUGACCUUUCUGACGGUAUCAAGCAUAGGCAAGAAACAAUCCUGGUGGAUUACCCUGACCCAAAAGAGCCCUCUGCUGAAGAAAUAGCUGAACGAAUGGGAGCCAUGGAAGAGGAAGAGUCAGAGCAUUUGAGCUGGGAUCAUUUGCCCACUGACCCUGGAGCCCAGAAAGAUAAUUCUGUUACCCUGUGUGAUCCUAACCCAGAAUCUUGCUCCUGCUGUUUUCAUGAAGAGGAUCCUGCUGUCUUGGCAGAGAAUGCUGGUUUCAGUGCAGAUGGCUACAGUGAGCAAGAGGAAGCCACCAAGGAAGACUGGCCCCAAGACUUUACAAAUGAAGGGUUGGGGAUCGGCACUGAUAACACACGCGUGGGUGGCAUGUUGAGGAAGCGCAGUCCCCAGAGUUUAGAGUGAAGGCAGCCUGUUUGAUGCAGUAUCCAUUACUCCACUCCUAAGGUAUCUUUCCCAAUUUCAUCCAUGGCCCCAUGCCCUCUACUUCCUUCUCUGUGUUCAAUAUCAUAGAACUUGGGCCAAUACCAUGGAUAUUAUCUAUACGUGCCUGGUGCUUACACACCUGUCACCUUGUAGACAUUAGUGUGAACACAGGACAGUAUCACCUUUCUCUUCCUGCUUUUCUGCAUCAGAGACACUAACCCAUUAGGUAAUUAUACUUGGUUGACUGUGCUUGGAGGUGGUAACACCUUUGCAAAGGUCUGACCCCUCCUCAUAGGAGUGACAGAUGGUUUACCUAUGAAUGAGCAUUGAGUUAGCUGAUGUUGGGGACUUAAGGUUUUAAGAAUGAAGAUUUUAGACUCCCAAAUGCCUUAUUCUUUGGGUGUUGAACUGGUUAGUAGUCUCCUGAGGAGAUGAGCAUGCUCACUUGUGAGGCUGAGGGAUCCAGAGCACAGCAAGACAGCUGACUGAGCUGUAGCCUCUCCUCAGAGCCUUCUAGGUUAAGAUCCCCGGAUCCUCCAGAGUAGCAGGCCAUGAGCACACAGUCCUACCUGGAGACCAUUUUGCUUGUAUAUUGCCCUGAUCUCUAGCUUCCCUUGUCUUUACUCUAUUGAACAGAACUUCCGAUCCAGAAGCACUUUUGUACAUUGGUCAUCUGUGGUAGGGGAAAUUUGAGGCAUAAGCACUAGUCUGUGUCUCACAAAGCUGAAGCAUGAGGCUGCUGAAACUACAGGAUGGCCUAAGGAUGGGGUUUCUUUCAUGAGUUCAGUGGCCUGUGAAUCCUAACAAGGGUGAGUCGAUUCGGUUACAUGUAAGACCUGCAAGUCGGGCCGGGCGGUGGUGGCACACGCCUUUAAUCCCAGCACUCGGGAGGCAGAGGCAGGCGGAUCUCUGUGAGUUCGAGGCUGGGCUGGACCGAUAGCCUCCAAAACAAUACAGAGAAACCCUGUCUCGAAAAACCAAAAAAAAAAAAAAAAAAAAAAGACCUGCAAGUUGAAAGAAGGUAUGUCAAAAGACAUUCCCAGGCAAGAAAUGGGGAACUCAGAAAUUAAGGAAUCUGUGGAGCUGGAUACACUCUUUAGACUUCUAUUAUGCCUGGCACGAAUAUGACACCAGAAGACAGUUUGGACCACUCAGGAGCAUCCUGGCUGCCAUCAGAAGGUAUGGGCCCACACUAAGAUAGUCAGCUGCUACAAAGCUUUACAUGUUAGUUGAACUAGAAAAAGCCCUGAAGAUUGUCUAAAAAUACACUGUACUGCAUCAAUCCCUGUGUAGAACAUUUGUUUGAAAUUGUGAAGAAUGCAGUUAAUGUGUACUGAAGAUAGCCUUGGCAUAACUAACACUAAGUGUAAAAACCA